AAUUCAAAUGAGGUUGAGAAGCAAUUAAAGGAUUCACAGCAGUCAUCUUUGUCUCAGUUUCAGAAUAAUAUACCAGGACUUUGGAACAUUUUGCAGUGGCAUGCAAUCUUAACUGCGGCAAAUCGAGAUCCUGACCUUCUCCCAAUGGACGACGAGGCAAUAGAUAGGGGUAUUAUCUCAGUAACCCUGGAGGUUGUUAAGCCUAAAGGAGGGGAGAGGAUAAAUUGGACAGGGAAAACAUCUCCUAGUGGUUCACCUUCUUUUUCAAACAGUGAUGAAAAGCCUCUGCCUCGAUAUCUCCAAACUUCUAUAAAGUCAUGCCAUGAUUUUUGUAAGUAUGGAAGGAAACAUGAUUUCGAAGGAAAGGAAAGGCAUUCCUUUCUUCGCAGAUCAAGAAAUAAUAUUGUCACGGGUGAAGAGCAAAAUGAGGCAAAAGCUUUGGAUCUUGGAGAAAGAGGCAAGACACCUGUAAGGAAACUGAAGUCCUCGCCUACGCAGAGAAUUGAAUUUUCUGAUAAACCUAAAGCCAUCAAGCAUAAGGCUUUGUCAACAACCAAGGGACCUGGAUUGUCGGAGAGACGUGUCACCAAGGAGUUGCAGACUCUGUCACCUGGCCAUAAAAACAUUGUGCCUGGCAAGCAGGCAAUUCUUCCUGCAUCCCCAGAAAAUGAACAGAUAAAGUUAAAAAGCCUCAAUACAGGUGGCAGAAAGGAGAGGCAGAUAAUCAAACAGAAGACCCCACUGCAGUCAAAAACAUUCCUCAACAAGCCCAAAGUUUUGAAGCAAAAAGAUCUGUCCCAUGGCAACGAAGUUGAUGCGCGUGGGAAGCCUGGUACCAUGAAGGAAAAGUCUGUGUUGUCUGCCAAGAAAGGUAUAGCAUCAGUUAAGCCCAAAUUGCUCAGGCAGAUAUCUGUGAAGAAACCUGUAACAGCUGCUAAACCAGUUAUUAUUAAGCAAAAGGCAUCGGUGCCUCCCAAGAGUAUUAGUAUCUCUGCUAAACCUGAAAUCUCCUUGAAGGCAAAGAAAACUCCAGUGGUAAAGUCUGCAUGCUCAUUAACUCCUUCAGCAGGUCUAGCUAGUCGAAGGAAUCGGGAGGACAAGACAUAUAAGGUUCAGGGAGUGACAAAAGGUGGACAAGGGAAAGUAUCAAAACCAACAACAGCUUCUUUGCCUGCCAAGUCUGCUCGUAAUGGGGUCUCAGACUUGCAACUGAUGAAACAUAGAAAUGCAAAGCUCGCUGCUCCUGUAAAAGGUCAAGAAAAUGUUGAAAAUACUGCAAGUGAUAGUGGAGAAAAGGUUGAAAAGGCUGAACAUGACAUUGAUGGGAAUGAGGAGGAAACAUUGUAUGUCAUUGAGUCCAAAGCAGAGAAUGUUGAUUUGGAUUUCAUGCAGCAAAUAUCUGAUGGCCACCAGACACUAGAAUCAAUUUCACCUGAUGAGGAGGAGGUUGAGGAACCUGAAUCUGUGUCUGGAUUUAGUAAAUCAAGUGAAUCACUAUUUGAUGAUGUGGAAACAGAAAGCAACAGCAGUGAUGAAUUAUCAAAGGGUGAAGACAGAAGGAGACCACGAAGAACUGCAAUCGUUCACCCAGAAGAUAAUAUUCCUGCGCCUUACAGAUUGAAGUUUAGGAGAGGUAGAGUAAUUGAACCCCAGACUGAGAGCAAUGGUCCAAGAAGGCUCAAAUUCAGGAGAAGAGGAGUGGUGGGUGAGAACUCAAAUGUUCGUCUAGUAGGGAGGAGAAGUUUUAGGCGGAGGAAUGCGAUGGAUGUCUCAAAUGAUCCAAAUCCACAAGCUCAAGGUGUGGUCCUGAGGCAUCAAGAUACAAGGGGGAAGAAAGAGGCGCAGAGUUUGUUCAAUAAUGUGAUUGAAGAAACUGCAAGUAAGCUGGUAGAGACCAGGAGGAGCAAGGUGAAGGCUUUGGUGGGCGCUUUCGAGACUGUGAUCUCCCUCCAGGAUGGCAAACCAGCAUCUACAGCCUAAGUUGGUAGUAAAGUGACUGUCUUUGCAUGAUGAUUAUUGGAAUGCUCGUGGUCAGAUAUUGUUAAAUAUAACUCAGAAUGUCUUGAGUAUAUAUCAUAUAAGAUCCGACUCUACAAGUAUAUGUGAAGUUGGAUUUAUGGAAAGGCUUGUGUGUAUAUCUGUAAAUGAAGAGAUGUAUGUCGAGAAAAGUAGCGUGGAUUGAAAAGGUUUGGAGUUCGCAUGUGUUAUUUUGUGCUGUCUUGCUUUAUAUCUGUUGCUGGGAAGGACUUAUUCUCUUUAUUCUUUAGUUCAUGCUAAUUUGUUUCUUCUUGGAACUGUACUUAAUAAGCCCAGUAACAUUAGGUGGAUUGAUAUUUGUUUGAAUGAGUGUAUUUGGAUCGUUCAUUCCAUAAGUAAAUUGGCCUUGAGUUU